CAACAAUUCUCCUUCUUCUUCCUUCUUCAGUUCUCUGCACACCGCAAUUCAUCUAUUGCCAUGAAUUAUUUCUAUCUCUUCGCCCUAAAUUUCAUCGUUUGCAUGGAACGAAAGGUGAAGUAAUAAUUAGAUUAAAUCAUUGUUAUUCAGAGAAGUUGAAGGGAAGGUAAGUAAGUAAGUAAGUAAGAAGACCUAAGGCUAAAAUGUCCGUUACGGAGCUGAAGGAGCGUCACUUGGCGGCAACGGAGACCGUCAAUAAUCUCAGGGAGCGUUUGAGGCAGAGGCGCAACUCUUUGCUCGAUACAGAUAUUGCUGGCUACGCCAAGUCUCAAGGUAGAACCCCUGUCACCUUUGGACCCACCGAUCUUGUUUGCUGUAGAACGCUACAGGGUCACGCCGGAAAGGUUUACUCAUUAGAUUGGACUUCAGAAAAGAAUAGAAUUGUUAGUGCAUCCCAAGAUGGGCGAUUAAUAGUGUGGAAUGCCCUAACAAGCCAGAAAACUCAUGCCAUAAAGCUUCCUUGUGCAUGGGUCAUGACCUGUGCUUUCUCACCAACUGGUCAAUCUGUUGCAUGUGGUGGUCUUGACAGUGUUUGCUCUAUUUUCAAUCUUAAUUCCCCCACUGACAGGGAUGGAAACCUUGCUGUCUCGCGGAUGCUUAGUGGACAUAAAGGCUAUGUUUCCUCUUGUCAGUAUGUUCCAGAUGAAGACACUCACUUAAUUACAGGUUCUGGUGAUCAGACAUGUGUUUUAUGGGAUAUUACUACUGGCCUCAGAACAUCUGUUUUUGGUGGUGAAUUUCAGUCUGGGCACACAGCAGAUGUACUUAGCAUUUCCAUUAAUGGAUCCAACUCUAGAAUGUUUGUAUCUGGUUCAUGUGAUGCAACUGCCCGAUUGUGGGACACUCGGGUGGCUAGUCGAGCAGUGCGAACAUUUCAUGGGCACGAGGGAGAUGUUAAUUCUGUCAAGUUCUUUCCCGAUGGAAUCAGAUUUGGAACUGGCUCAGCUGAUGGCACUUGCCGAUUGUUUGACAUUAGGACCGGGCACCAACUACAAGUGUAUCAUCAGCAACACAGUGACAAUGACAUUGCGCAUGUGACCUCCAUUGCAUUCUCCAUUUCUGGAAGACUUCUUUUUGCUGGAUAUACAAAUGGUGCUUGCUAUGUUUGGGACACUUUAUUGGCAAAGGUGGUCUUGAAUUUAGGGUCUCUUCAAAACUCUCAUGAGGGCAGGAUCAGUUGUUUAGGUUUGUCAGCUGAUGGAAGUGCCUUGUGUACAGGCAGUUGGGACACAAACUUAAAGAUAUGGGCAUUUGGAGGGCAUAGGAGGGUGAUUUGAGCCAUUAACGGGGCAAAGACUAAUGCUUCGACCUCCUUUGUCAGGGCCCUUCCUUUCAUGGUGUCGCGGUUCGUACAGGCCAAUAGUGAUGCUUUUGAAGGGAUACUUGGACAAAAACAAAAAUUGAAAGGCAAAGGUUAUAUAGCUUUUAGCAAUGGAAUUAGAGCAGCGGUUUGUUUAUCUCCGUGCCCAUUGGUUCGUGUGUGUGCGAUUUAGUAAUUUUUCCACUGUACUUACCGCUUCGAUAUCCAUACCUUUAACACUUGAACCCAAAAUGAAGGACUGUUUACUUCUUGUCUCAAUUUAAUUAUUUGAAGAUAUUAAAACUUAACAAGACCUACUUCACCUGCCUCAAACCGCAGUGAGAAAUGGAGUGUCGUACAAAUGGGAGUUUAAUUGAGCGUUGAAUUUGCUGGAUGCUGUGGAAUUAGAAGUCAAAAACCGAUUGUGCAACUCCAAACCAUAGAAAAUAUAGCUUGAAUAAAAUGAACAAGGCGAUAGAAUUUGCUUAUAAUGUUAAUGAGAAAUUACCAAGAUAGAAUCUUGUUUUGAGUUUUGGUUUAUCAUGAUGAAGGAUGUCUUAAGGUACAAAGAAAAAUAAUUAGUCUCUUGUAUGAGCGCACUGCUAUUUGUCAGUUGUCAUCCAACUGUAAUAAUGGAAAGGUGUUCAAAGGAUGCAACCGUUACUUAAAGGCUUGAAUUUGGUCAUUACAUGAAAUCACUUGCAGUCAAGCGAGCCUGACUGGGUAUUAAUAUGACCUUUAUGAAUCGAAGUUAUAUUUGUGACUCCAAAGUAUGUAAUAAAUUGUCAAUUUUUAUUUGAAUGUCUAUUAAACAGCCGAAUUAGUUUCGAAAUUUGUGGAACAUGGCUUAAUUUAACUAAAGAAAUGAACACUCGGAGACCUGAGACCGUAGUUCUU